ACAGAAAAAUGAAGUCGAUGGAUAGACAAAUCUAUACUUACAGGCACAUGUUGUAUAUAUAUCUGCCACUGACCAACAUCCUACGGAAAAACACAUCUAUUAUCACACGGUUACACUUCUUCUGGUUUAUUACUGCGUCUGAACUUUCCAAACAAACAAACUUCAUUGCUUCUAAACUUAUUUACGUUUGAGCCCACCAAUAAUUAAUCUUCUUCUUAUAUAUUUCUUAGAUAUUUAUCGUAUUGUAAUGCAAUUCUAGUGAUCUCGAACAUAUUGAAGAAAAUGGAUGCCGGGGUUUGUUCAUCGGACUCGAUUAAUGGGGAAGAUGUAUUUUCUGGCAAACCAUCUGAUGUUUCGUCUGCUGAUCAUCUUGUUGUUAUGAUCCAUGGUAUUUUGGGGAAUUCUGCAAACUGGAAGUUUGCUGCUGAACAGUUUGUCAGAAAGCUCCCUGACAAAGUAUUUGUUCACAGAAGCGAAAAGAAUAUGGAUAAGCUAACGCUAGAUGGUGUGGACGUAAUGGGGGAAAGAUUGGCAGAAGAGGUCCUUGAAUUGAUUAAACAGAAGCCAAAUCUCCGUAAGAUUUCAUUUGUUGCUCAUUCUGUUGGAGGAUUGGUGGCAAGAUAUGCUAUCGGAAAAUUAUACAAUCCUUGUAAAACUGAAAAUGAAAAGGAUUUAUCAGCUGUUUCUGGUGAUGAGUUUAAGGGGACAAUAGGUGGUUUAGAACCAGUUAAUUUUAUUACUGUUGCCACGCCUCAUCUUGGCUCAAGAGGUAACAAGCAGGUUCCAUUUCUUUUUGGUCUAACUGCUCUCGAGAAAGUUGCUGCUGGGGUUAUCCAUUGGAUUUUUAAAAGAACUGGACGGCAUUUGUUUCUUACUGAUAAUGAUGAUGGAAAGCCACCACUGCUUAAGCGCAUGGUGGAAGAUCACGAGCACUAUUAUUUUAUGUCUGGACUACGUUCAUUUAAACGUCGUGUAGCAUAUUCCAAUGUUGGUUAUGACCAUAUUGUUGGCUGGAGAACGUCAUCAAUUAGGCGUGCAGUUGAACUGCCCAAGUGGGAGGACUCUGUGAAUGAAAAGUAUCCUCAUGUCGUGUAUGAAGAACUUUGCAAGGCAUGUGAUGCUGAGCAGGACGAGCCUAUGUCAGCCGAGGCUGAUAGCUUAGACAAUAUAGAAGAGGAAUUGGUGACUGGCCUGUCCCGUGUGUCAUGGGAAAAAGUAGAUGUCAGCUUUCACAGCGGCAGUAUACAGCGGUUUGCUGCUCACAGUGUAAUUCAGGUCAAAAAUGAAAACUUGCAUUCAGAAGGUGCAGAUGUAAUUCAGCACAUAAUUGAUCAUUUUCAUGUAUAGAAGCCUUUUAGGUCCAGUUUAUCGGAGAGGAUUUGGAGAUUAUCUUAUUCUUGUAAAGGUCAAAUCAUUGGAAGCUGACUGAUGUCUCCAUCAUCCGAGUUGGACUAAUGGUUUCUUGAUAGCAGGUUGAAAUGUUCUUGAAUGCAUAUAGUAUGUAGGAUAUUGUAACUAAAGAUGCAGCUGUAGAAUGUAUUCUUGUAAUAUAUUACAAUUUAUCAACAAAAUAUGUUUAAAAUAUUUUUAUUCGAAGAAUAGAAUUAUAGGCUAAUUGUAGAUGUCAAAUUUCAGUAA